ACUGUCAAAUGUCAGUCAAUUUCUAAUUUCUAACUCCUAAAUCCAAAUUCCAAUCCAAUGUUUGUGAUUUUUUAUUUAAAUUUCGGUAGAUAAAUAAUUGAUUCAGUUAUAGAUAGAAGUCUGUAAUCCAUUUUGCUGAAAUGGUAGUAUACAUUUUCAGUUCUUUGCUUUAACAUAACCAAUCAAAGUCACACAUCAUUAGCAAUAAUUAAAUAAUUAAUUUCCGUUCUUUUUCAAAUUGGUAUCAAAAACAUUUUAAAGUAACAAGAGCAUAAACCAUGUUAUCACUAUUGAAAACAAGAGUAGAAGGCACAAAACAAUCAUCAUGGCUCUAAAAUGAACUUUAAAUCUAGAAAUGUCUUCAAUUGUCUAUUCUUUCGACCCUGGCUAGGAGUGCCAUUGGGGAUAUGGGUUGCUGUGUCUGUGGUUUAUUACUGGUGGUUGAUAUCAAGGAUCGAUGUUUUGGAGACAGAGAACAAGGUGAUAAAGAGGAGGUUAUCCCUGAAUAUACUGCCUCAUCAUGUAGGAGAAUCUGAGAAUAGCUAUUUAGUUCCACAGAUCCCAGAUGAAACAGGGACAUUGUGUGAGACUGUGCACAUAGCGUUGGUGUGUAUGGGAAAAUGCACAUGGAUCAUCACUCCCAUGUUGAAAUCCUUGCUGCAUCACCGACAGAACCCUUUACACUUUCAUUUUAUUGUCGGAACUGGUUCUGAACGCACUAUCAGUAAGCUGUUUGAUACUUGGGACUUGCCUGAUGUUAAUUACACCUGUUACAACGUUCAGAACAGAUUGUCGGAGGUACAAUGGAUACCAAACAGACACUACUCGGGUAUCUACGCUCUGGUCAAGUUACUUUUCCCCAGCCUACUGCCCAUGUACUUGAGACAAGCGAUUGUACUGGACUCCGACUUGACAUUCCUGUGUGAUGUUGCUGAGCUGUGGCGUAUGUUCAAUAAUAUGACUGAAGAGCAGUACAUAGGUUUAGUUGAAAACGAAAGCAACUGGUAUACAAAUACAGAGAUUCGCUGGCCAGCUCUGGGAAGAGGCUUUAACACCGGUGUAAUGUUGCUUGAUUUGCACAAAAUAAGGAAGACCACCAACUGGACGGCUGUAUGGCAUCUAGCUGUCAACACCAACUUGGAAAGGCUGAAAGAAACCACUUUAGCUGACCAGGAUAUCAUAAAUGCAAUAAUUAAGAUGAAUCCAUACAUAGUUUACAAUAUGAGUUGUCGGUACAAUGUACAGAUGUCGAUGCUUACUCUGGCAAAGAAUUGUUACGGAGAGGAUGUGCAAAAUGUUAAAAUUAUUCACUGGAAUUCGCCCAGCAAAUACAGCAUCCGUAUACGAGACUCGGACUUCUUUAGAAACAUACACCAGUCUUACGUAAACUUUGACGGCAAUUUGUUGAGGGAAAAAUUGCAUAAAUGUUCACAAAGUGAAGUCGUCACUUACAAGAUGAACCACUCCGACUUGUGUCUAACGUUCCGCGCGGCGCAGAGAAUCAAACUGCGCACACAUCUCUACUACAUGGACUACAAUUACAUGGACAUAGACAACUUUGACGUGACGCUCGUGUUGCAGUUGUCUAUGGAUAGACUGCAGUUUUUGGAGAGGCUCGUUAAGCAUUGGGAAGGUCCAUUAAGCGCUGCAAUAUAUCUGUCAGACUGCGAAGUGACGAAGUUAGAGAGUUUCAUACGCGACUGGUCGUCUACUCUCAGCUCUAGGACUAACAUCGGCUACCAUUUAGUGUUCAAACAUGAUACGUUACACUACCCGGUGAACUACCUUCGCAACGUGGCGUUGGAGAACGUCAACACGCCAUACGUGUUCCUGAUGGACGCCGACUUCGUGCCCAUGGCGGGCCUGUACGACCACCUGCGUACCGCUACGAAACUGAUCAACCCGUAUCCACAAAAGAAGUGCCUCGUCGUACCAGCGUUUGAAACGCAGCGUUACCGCGCGUCGCCACCUCGCUACAAGCGCGAGCUGAUGUCGCGCCUGUCGCUGCAGCACGCGGCGGGCGACGUGGCGCCGUUCAGGGCGCGCGAGUGGCCGCGGGGGCAUCGCGCCACCAACUACGUCAAGUGGACCACUGCCACUGCGCCCUAUGACGUAGAGUGGGAAGCAGAUUACGAACCCUAUUUGGUAGUUCAUCGGACGGUGCCCAAAUAUGACACACGCUUUUCGGGAUUUGGAUGGAAUAAGGUGUCCCACAGCGUGGAGCUGAAGGCGAAGGGCUACAGCCUGACGGUGCUCCCCGACGCGUUCGUGGUGCACACGCCGCACGCGCCUUCGCCCGACAUCACCGCCUUCCGCGCCGACCGACAUUACCGCAUAUGUCUCGAACUUCUAAAGCACGAGUUUUUGAACGACUUGAAAAGAAAGUACAACGUGACCCUCGACGACAGUCUCAAGACGUAGCAUUUAAUAUAUAUUCGCAUUUUUAUAUCAAUAUUUUCAAUUGUUAAAAUAAUGUAUGUAUGCAUAAUAAGAAAAUGUUUGCAAUACUUUAUUUUUAAGUUCAAGAUACAAUUUAAAAUGAACCUAAUUUCAAUAGAUGUAAAGCUUAAAUUCGUCUACAUUUAUUUUAUCAAAUCUGCCAGUAUAACAAAAUCAACCAAAUAAUUACCACAGUGACAGAAAAUAUUAUUUUUUUUUUAUAUUUGUUGUCUAUAAGUUCAGUCAAUAUUGCGCAUGUGCACUUGUGCAUUCCAUUAAAGUCCGGCCGCUCAGGGAUUGCGUUUCUGACACCUGUCAAUGUCACCCUUUUAUAUUUUUUAAAUUAUUAAUUGAUAAUAAUUUUAGGACAAAAGUUAAUAUAGUUAUCCAAUGUUAAUUUAACCGCCUCAUUGGUCUCGUGGUUAGCUGGUUCAGCUACGGACAAUGAGGUCCAGGGUUCGAAUCCCGAGUCAGGUCAGGACAAAAAAAUAGGUUAUUGGGAUUUUUCUUACAAGAAAAAUCUUAAUAGCAGCCUGGAGUUGGGAAGUUGGCGGUGUUAGUAUACCCCCGUGCCUCGGAGAGCACGUAAAGCCUUCGGUCCUGCGCCCGAUCUCUCACCAGUCGUGUCGGUCUGCCGUCCCAUCGGAUUUCGAAAGAGAGGGAAGAGAGAGUGCACCUCUGCCUGCUCACACACUUGUGCACUAUAACAUCUUCUGCGUACAUGGUUAAUCACACCAUGAGAUUAGCCGCCAUGAUCAAAAAGUCGGUUGGGAGCAUAUUAUUAUUAAUGUUAGUACUCGUUAUUGAGGUUAUUAAAUAUAUAAAUAUAUCUCAUUGACAUUAACAGAUGUCACAAACCCAAUCUCUGAGCGGCCAGAUUUUACAGUAUAGUUAACCAGAGUGUCAGUGAUCAUUACCAAACGACUUGUAUAGCUUAACAACUUCGUUCAUAACACUCCUGAUGGUCCGCGCGGGCCGGAGAGCGUGUAGUGAUGAAUGAAAAACCCACGACUGAUGCACCUCACUUCCCCGCACGCACGAUUUCACACCCGCGCAGUCUUUCCCCCCGUCGCCCGCAUAUCAUGAGAUUGUCAUCAACGAACUUGCCAGACUAUAGAAAUGUUCAUUUUGCAAUGAGGCUACAAUGUUUAUGAACACAAUAACUAUCUAUUGUGAUCGUGUGUAGAUUUGUCUCUUUCUGUCAAAUGUACAAUUACUAACGAUAGAAAGAGACAAAACUUCGUGUUUUUUUAAACUAUUAUUUGUACUUGUAAUAAAACAUUUUAGUGUUAUAUACAAUUGCAUAAUGUUAAUUGCAUAAUUCGUUUUUCAUUCCUGUAUAUUAAUAUUAUUUGUGCAUUGAACAAAAGAGAACUGUUGUGCACUUACUCGUAUAGUAUUCCUGAUAAUAUGAUUCGAAGGAGUGCACAAACGCCAUAAGUUUAGUAAUAGUCCUUGGGCCCGAGAACAAAAUAUUAUAAAUCUUAGGUUGUAAUUGUAUUUUUUUUAUUUAAAAUUUAACAACCUCAAAGACGAUUAAACAUAAUAGAUAAAGGACGGUAUUUAAAAUCAAGUGGUAACAUUGUGGGACAAUUUUUUUAGGGCAUUUGUUUUUUUUUUUUAUUCUUUCCAAGUUAGACACUACAAUAUCACCUGAUGGUAAGUGAUGAUGCAAUAAGAUAAAAGCGGGCUAACUUGUUAGGAGGAGGAUGAAAAUCCACACCCCUUUCGGUUUCUACACAACAUCUUUUCAGUUGUGUGCAUUUUAAGAAAUUAUAUAUCACGUGUCUCAAACGGUGAAGGAAAAACAUCGUGAGGAAACCUUUAUAACAGAAUUUUCUUAAUUAUUUUCGUAUGUAGUCUGCUAAUUGGGCCAGCGUGGUGGACUAGCCUAACACCUCUCAUUCUGAGAGAAGAGAUUCGUGGUUAACUCGUGUUAAUGAUUAUGAAAUAUUUUGUUCUUGGGCUCAAGGGCCGUAGUAUAUUGUAUUGGGUCUUAUCAUAUAAAAUUAGCAAUAAUUUGACUCACUGGUAAAUUUGGCAUAUACGAGUAUUUUACGCAGACAGACACGUUUGAUGAGGAAUAGAUUUUUUAAAAGGGUCAUAAAUUGUUCAUUAUCGUUCUACAUUGAAAAAAAAACAUGAAAUUUUUAUUUAUUAAAUAUUUUUUGACAAUACGAGCCAAAACGCUAUCCGCCAUGAUGGUCUGUCUAUAUUUUAUCUGUUUCAUGACGUCACUCAAACAAUAAACCGAUGGAAUAUAGAUAUCAGGUUAUUUUUUAUCACGGAAGUCUAUGUCUAUGUCUCCCGCGAGAUCUCUGAAAAAGAAUUUCACGCGAGCAAAGUCGCGGGCAUCCGCUAGUAAUUAAAUAAAUUCAAUUCAGUUUUGUCUAUUCCAUAUUAAACAGUUUUUACAUGUAAAGACCUAAUAAAGUUAAUUAUAAGGAAAUAUAUUAUGAAUUAUGAUAGGUUAUUUAGAUUUGAUAUUUAUGCCAAUUCGGUGAUAUAUUUAAAUUUUUAACAAAAUGUAAGAAAAGCCUGUCACCAGAUCAAUCUUGAAUCAAUUUAGAAAUUCUAUGAGUAAAUUUAAAUCUAAGAUAAUUUUAUUUAGGACUUCUAUUCAAUCUGCACAAGUCCUUCGAUUGGAUAUACUAUGUCAUAGGUUCUCAAUGUCGACGAUGACUCCCACUUGUGGGCGUUUGAGAUUUUUCAGGGAGGCAGUAGGGGAAAUUAAGAAAAUUAGAGGGCAUCGAGAUUGCACAAAAGGGAGAAAAAUGUAUUAAAAUAGUAUAGCCUACAAAAGAAAACCAUCAACAUGAAUUUAUUAUGAGUAUGAUAUCUGAAAAGUUUCAUUUUAGAUGUAAAUUAAGCCUAAUUGAAAUAAAUAAACUUUGACUUUGAUGAAACUUGAACGGGAAGAUUUUACAUUUAUACUACAGCCUUUCUUGAUGACUAGUUUACCAACAAAGAAAUUAGAGAUAAAGGUAGAAAACGCAUGUCAUUUCAUAACUUAUUUAUUUUGAAUUAUGUAUGGUUUGUUUAUAAAAUGUUAUUUAAAAUAUAAUCACUAUAUCUAAUUGUUCUAAGCUAAUUAAACAAAUUUAUUUUCAUUAAUUUAAGAACAAGUUAAUUAUAAUUAUUAUUAGUUGUGAAAUGACUAGUGAUUAAUUUGUUUGUUGGUAAACAGUACUCAUCAAGAAAGGCUGUAGUAUAGACAGAUAAAUUGGAUGAUAUAAUUUUUAUUAAAAAAUUUUAGCUCUUCUGAGAACAAGAAAUUGGGUAAUUUUAUUAAAAAAUAUUCUCUAAGGUGGGCAAAGUAAGUUUGAGAACCUAUGAACUAAAUUGACAGGUUUAGGCGUACUAUCCCUUUCCAAUUGUUCUGUAUUGAAAGUGAUGGCACUACUGUCAUUUACUACUUGGAAUUGUUUCUACCGAAUUGGCAUAAUCGUAAACUUUUUCGUUCCUUUACGAAUUCCAAAGAAUAAAAUUAAAUACUCGAAAUAAUAUUGGGAAAUGAAUAACUUUAUUUAUAGAAAUAUAAUUUAUUUAAAUAUAACAAACGCACAAUGUAAUUACUCGCUUUGUCGUAUAAAUGCAUAAUAAAUCAUAAUAUUAAUUUAAUUAAUAAUUAAUUAAUUACAACGUUAAAGAUUUCACGUUCCCUUCAUAGUCAAAAGCUAUUGCUAUAAUUUUACUGAAUAAUAAAUAUGGAAUUUAUUAUUAUUAUUAUUGAAUUAUUAUAUAAAAAGUAUAUUUUUGUAAUGAAUGGUCGAUUGUUGUUUAAAGAGAAGAAAAAGUGAGUAAACAUCUAGAUGAUAAGGCGUUUUAUUUUAAAGUAUUGCACGCUAGCUGUGUUAAUUUAUUAUUUACAACAUACUCAAUAAAAUGUCUUUUUUAUUGCA